AUGGCCGCCAUUUUCCAUUUAGUCAGUCCAUACACACCUAACCUGAUCCCUCUUGCUGUUUUCCUGCUUGCACUGCCUGUAAUCGCCUUUCUAUCUGCAUCGGCUGGCUGGCUGGUGUGGAAGAGUGUUGCAGUCGCUUGGGAGACGGAGUUGGCUCUGCAGUAUGGCGAUGGAGUUCCUCCAUAUGCGGAGGUCAGUCUUGCAAACAUGGUUGCGACGCAACCCUAUGAUAUCUCUCUUCAUCUUGUCGUCCCUGCAACCGAGUCCAACUUGGCACUUGGCAACUUCAUGGCGUCCCUCACGAUCUCAUCUCCUGCAAACAGAAUGCUCGUUCAGUCACGCAAAGCUGCUAUCGUACUUCCGCGCUCGUCCGCGCCCUGGUCAUUCUUGCCCAACUGGCACGGCACGGUGGACUUGACUGUGCCUUUGCUGCGCUCAGUUGCUCUGGAGACAUCUCGUGCCACGGCCACUAUCGAGCUUGGCCGACGAGACCGCUGGAAGAGCAUCGGGAACGGGGAAGGGCGCGAGUUGAGUGUGCUCACCGCGGUGUUGCGCGGGGUUGUUGUUCGCAAGGGUAUUCGGGGCUUGGUGGCCCGCUUCCCCCUAACAUCCGCCUUCAUGGCUGCAGGGACAUCGCUCUUCAUCUCAUUCAUCGUGUUGGCGUCAUGCCUCCUCCCGGCACUCGAGCUGCGCUUCAACAGCGACCCAUAUCAGGAUAAGCCACCCCCGAGGCGCAGACGAUUGCGACGACGGCCUAGUAUGAGCGCAGCAGACACGGAUGGAGCCCGUCACAACCCGAAGUUACGCAAGCGGAGCAGAAGUGCGAGUAUCAGUACUGGGCACGAACGACGCUCGUCCGCAACGGUACGCGUUUAUCGCGCAUAUUCAUUUUAUGCAAUGGCUAACCGCUCGUCCAGGACGAUCCAUCGUCGGUGGCACCUUCGACAGAGCCUCGAGUAA